AUGGAGAUAGACUCUGGAGGUCAAAGUAAUGAUCCCCCAGCGUCCCCGAUGAUGAAUGGAUCCAGCCAGAAGGAGAGAACAGAAAUUACCAAGAAAUCAAAGGAAUUGAUGGCACCAGCUGUAGCAGACGAAAAGGACGGAACCAUCCAGCGCCAGACCCUGACCAUCGAAAGCCAGGCCCAGCAAAUAAAGGAGCUGACUGAGACCAUGAAAUCAAAGAAAUUGAUGACACCAGCUGUAGCAGACGAAAAGGACAGAACCAUCCAGCGCCAGACCCUGAGCAUCGAAAGCCAGGCCCAGCAAAUAUAG